AUGUCUAAUGGACCCUUGGAUACAUGGAUCUUCCAAAGGUACCAGUCGCUCACUCUUGGGUGGAAAUCCAAAAGGAAGAUCAUCAUGGAUAUAGUCAAGAGACUAACCUAUCUCCAUGAGGAAUGUAGGCAAAAGAUAUUUCACUUGGAAAUCAAACCCCAAAACAUCCUCUUAGAUGAAGACUUCAAUGUGGAAAUUUUUGAUUUUGGAUUGUCAAAACUAAUUGAUAAGGACCAAAGCCAAGUUAUAACAAUGAUGAGAGCAACACCAGGCUAUUUGGCUCCAAAAUGGUUGACCUUAAUUAUCACCGAGAAAGUAGAUUUUCAUAGCUUUGGUGUCAUGGUUUUGGAAAUGUUGUGUGGACGCAAAAAUUUGGAUAGGUCUCAGCCUGAGGAAGAUAUGCAUCUGCUAGAUCUUUUUAAGAGGAAAGCAGAAGAGGAACAAUUUCUAAAUAUUGUUGAUAAAUACAAUAAUGACAUGUAA